CGGUUGCUGAAAACAGUUUCUCUAUUCCAGCAAUGAAGAAGAAAGAUGCACGGCUCUGUCAUUUAUCUUUAGGAUAUAGCUCUUUUUACAAACCUAGUUUGCUUGAUUGUGAUUCUUCUAAUUGUUUUACUACUAAUAUUAUAACUACUGAAGAAACAGGUCGGUUAGUUUGUGAACUCACCGACGAAGAACGAGAAGAAUCAUCGGAAAAUAGCACUCACGUGGCUGAUACCGUGUUCAUAAAGCUUGGAGAACUUCUGGAAUCUCAGAAAGAAUCAACAGAAAUCUUGGGAGACUUGUCAGAAGAGUUUAAAAAAUAG